AUGGCUCAUAACCAGUCGCUCCAGAUCUUAUUGCUCACGGCGGCCUUUCAGGAUACCGCGCUAUGGGACCCAACCUCCAGCCAACACCUAUCUCCCUGCUCGACACUGAUCAUUAAGCCACCCUGGACUGAGGUGUUUCACGGCCAAAAGAGAGCAUCGAGUAGGGCUCCAUCGCCUCCUGCCCUCAGCCUCUUCAACCGUUUCAGUGCCCUGUCGGAGUCGGACCUAGCAUCGGCCGAUGCGGUUCACCGGCCUCGCCCCACUUCAAAGCAGACUGACCAGCCACCGUCACAGAAGAGGACCGCUACCCCACGGCUACAGCUUCUGAUGGACGCGAUGGCCAGACGAUCCGGUGGUCUACACUGCCUGGAGCGGCCAAACGACAACGUUCCUCAAAAACAACCUCCCCAACCGAACGUGGUGAGAAGUAACACCAGUCAUCAUGGAAAGAAAAAUCCUUUGUUGGAUAUUUUUGUUUGGAUAUUUACACGCAUUCUCCGGACAAACUGCAGCAAUGACAACCACAGCUGCCCCAGCAGUAACCACAGCUGCACCCGCAAUAACCACAGCAGCACCAGUCGUAACCACAGCUGCACCAGCCGUAACCACAACUGCCCCUUCAUCAACCAUAGCUGCCCCAGCUUCAACCACAGCUGUACCUGCAGUAACAACAGCUGCCACAGCAUCAACCACAGCUGCACAAGCAGUAACAACAGCUUCCCCAGCAGUAAGCACAGCUGCACCCACAGUAACAACAGCGGCACCAGGAGUAACAACAGCUGCCCCAGGAGUAACAACAGCUGCACCCGCAAUAACCACAGCAGCACUAGCUGUAACAACAGCGUCCCCGGCAGUAACAACAGUGGCACCAGUCGUAACCACAGCGGCACCAGCAGUAACAACAGCUGCCACAGCAGUAACAACGGCCCCAGCCAUAACCACAGCUGCCCUUGGAGUAACAACAGCUGCCCCAGCAUCAACCACAGCUUCACCCGCAGUAACAACAGCUGUCCCAGGAGUAACAACAGCUGCCCCAGGAGUAACAACAGCUGCACCCGCAAUAACCACAGCAGCACUAGCUGUAACAACAGCGUCCCCGGCAGUAACAACAGUGGCACCAGUCGUAACCACAGCGGCACCAGCAAUAACCACAGCUGCCCCAGCAUCAACCACAGCUGCACCAGCAGUAACAACAGCGGCCCAAGCCAUAACCACAGCUGCCCCAGCAGUAACAACAGCUGCCCCAGAAUCAACCACAGCUUCACCCGCAGAAACAACAGCUGCCCCAGGAGUAACAACAGCUGCACCCGCAAUAACCACAGCAGCACUAGCUGUAACAACAGCGUCCCCGGCAGUAACAACAGUGGCACCAGUCGUAACCACAGCGGCACCAGCAAUAACCACAGCUGCCCCAGCAUCAACCACAGCUGCACCAGCAGUAACAACAGCGGCCCAAGCCAUAACCACAGCUGCCCCAGCAAAACAACAGCUGCCCCAGGAGUAACAACAGCUGCCCCAGGAGUAACAACAGCUAACAACAGCUGCACCCGCAUCAACCACUGCUGCACCAGCAGUAACAACAGCGGCCCCAGCCAUAACCACAGCUGCCCCAGCAGUAACAACAGCUGCCCCAGCAGUAACAACGGCCCCAGCCAUAACCACAGCUACCCCAGGAGUAACAACAGCUGCCCCAGGAGUAACAACAGCUGCACCCGCAAUAACCACAGCAGCACCAGUCAUAACCACAGCUGCACCAGCAGUAACCACAGCUGGACCCGCAGUAACAACAGCUGCCCCAGCAUCAACCACAGCUGCACAAGCAGUAACAACAGCUUCCCCAGCAGUAACCACAGCUGCACCCACAGUAACAACAGCGGCACCAGCCGUAACCACAGCGGCACCAGCAGUAACCACAGCUGCCCCAGCAUCAACCACAGCUGCACCCGCAUCAACCACAGCUGCACCAGCAGUAACAACAGCGGCCCCAGCCAUAACCACAGCUGCCCCAGCAGUAACAACAGCUGCCCCAGCUGUAACAACGGCCCCAGCCAUAACCACAGCUGCCCCAGAGGUAACAACAGCUGCCCCAGCAUCAACCACAGCUUCACCCGCAGUAACAACAGCGUCCCCAGGAUUAACAACAGCGGCACCAGUCAUAACCACAGUGGCACCAGCAUCAACCACAGUUGCACCAGCAUCAACCACAGUUGCCCCAGCAUCAACCACAGCUGCACCAGCAGUAACAACAGCGUCCCCAGCCAUAACCACAGCUGCCCCAGCAGUAACCACAGCGGCCCCAUCACUGACGACAGCUGCCCCAGCAGUAACAACAGCAUCCCCAGCAGUAACAACAGAGGCCCCAGCAUUUGCAACAGCUGCACCAACAAUUGCGGUCCAAGGCUUGGAAUCACUGGUACAUCUACAGAUGAAAAUUACUUCUAUUGGAGAGGUCAGCAAUGAAACCAUCAUUGAAGAUGUUAAACAGUUUUUCAGAGAACAGCUUCUGAAUGGAACAGCCUACACUGUCACUGUGACAAACAUUCAAAGGGUUACAGUUGCUCCAUAGAAGCUGCAUGUGGAUGGAUACAUACAAAAUCCCGAAUGUUUGCUGUCCUGGCUCAUAAGUGGUGGAAUGAGCUCCCUAUUGACAUCAGGAUGGCCCAAAAUUCUCUUCCGACUACUCCUUGGAUAAACAUAAAAAAAAAAGAUUAAAAAGAAUUAUAGAUUUCUUGAAGCUGCACUUUCAUGUGGCUCUUUGUAGUUUUGCUUAUUUGAAGCUAAUGUACUUGCACGUAAUGUAACAUAUUUGGAAAGAGUCCAUUUUUUUUGAUUUGUCGACAGUUUGAGCACAACGCAUCAGUUUCCCCAAAUCAUAAGAAGUAUGUGGAUUGCCGAUUUUACCUUGUCAUAGUUGAAUAACGACAGUUUGGUGGGUAAAUAGGACAUACAUAGAAGCUCAA